CCGAUUCAACGUUAUUGAAGUCCAGCAACGAAGAGGAUGAUAGACCAAUAACUCCAUCUGCUGCAAGUCUUCUGUCCGCCGGGUCUAUGAUCUCGCCGAAAAUGGUAGCAGCGCACACCCCUGGCCAUUCCUCUGCGUCUGCAGAAUGGAUUAUUUGCCUUGAUAAAAGACCAGCUGAGCGCUCUGGGGAAGACGUGGAUAUCAUCCUGUCCAGGCUAAAGCGUGUGAAGGCCUUCGAGCGGUUUCACCCUAGUCUCCUACAGCAGAUCUGCCUAUGUGGAUUCUACGAAUGUCUGGAGAAAGGCAUCACAUUAUACCGCCAAGGAGAUACUGGCACCAGCUGGUAUGCUGUCCUCUCUGGCUCGCUGGACGUCAAAGUGUCAGAGACAGCAAAUCAUCAGGACGCUGUCAUAAUCUGCACUCUGGGGAUUGGGACAGCAUUUGGGGAGUCCGUCCUAGAUAACACUCCCCGGCAUGCCACCAUUGUCACCAGGGAAUUCAGUGAACUCCUCCGCAUCGAUCAGAGGGAGUUCAAGUCCCUGUGGGAGAAAUACCGUCGGUGCAUGGCUGGACUGCUAGCCCCACCCUAUGGCGUUAUGGAGAGCGGUGGACCCAGCACUGACAGAAUGCCUGACAAAGAGAACAUAAGCAACAACUCCUGUGUAUCCAUCUCUAAGCAUCUUAAUAAGAAAUCAUUAAUUGAAAGCCCAGAAAAAGCCCAUCCUAAAUCCAUUCCUCAGGUCCCCUCUGAGAAGAUCCUGCGAGCGGGGAAGGUUUUACGUGAUGCCAUCCUCUCCAGAGCUCCGCACAUGAUACGAGACAGGAAGUACCACCUGAAGACAUACAGGCAGUGCUGUGUGGGGACGGAGCUGGUCGAUUGGCAGAUGCAGCACAGCUCCUGUGUUCACUCACGCAAUCAGGCGGUGGGAAUGUGGCAGGUGCUCCUGGAGGAAGGUGUCCUGAACCAUGUGGACCAGGAGCCAACUUUCCAGGACAAGUAUCUGUUCUACCGCUUCCUGGAUGACGAGAAGGAGGACGCUCCCCUGCCCACUGAGGAGGAGACCAGGGAGAACCAGGAAGAACUACAGGACACACUCCUCCUCCUCUCUCAGAUCGGCCCUGAUGCCCACAUGCGCAUGAUCCUGAGGAAACAGCCAGGCCAGAGGACAGCUGAUGAUUUAGAGAUCAUCUAUGAGGAGUUGCUCCAUAUAAAGGCCUUAUCGCACCUCUCCACCUCUGUGAAGAGGGAGCUGGCUGGUGUCCUGAUCUUUGAGUCCCAUGCCAAAGCCGGAACAGUGUUGUUCAAUCAAGGGGAGGAAGGAACAUCUUGGUACAUCAUUCUGAAGGGCUCUGUAAAUGUGGUCAUCUAUGGAAAGGGGGUUGUUUGCACACUGCAUGAGGGAGACGACUUUGGGAAGCUUGCCCUGGUCAAUGACGCCCCCCGCUCCGCCUCCAUUGUCCUACGGGAGGAUAACUGCCACUUCCUACGCGUGGACAAGGAGGACUUCAACAGAAUCCUCAGAGAUGUGGAGGCCAACACGGUUCGUCUGAAAGAGCACGACCAAGAUGUGCUGGUCCUGGAGAAGAGUCCCAGCAGCAGCAGUCGGACCUCCACGCAUGGCACUGCCACCACCACUGCCACCUCCACCCACUACAAAUACACAGUGAUGUCAGGGACACCAGAGAAAAUUUUGGAACAUUUCCUGGAAAUGAUGCGCCUGGACUCUGACCUCAAUGAAGCAGACCCUGCUCUGGAUGACUUUGUGCUCAUGCACUGUGUCUUCAUCCCCAACAGUCAGCUUUGUCCAGUUCUCAUGGCCCACUAUCAUGCCGAGGCAUCCCAGGGCUCGGAACAGGAACGUCUGGACUACGCCCUGAACAACAAGAGGAGGGUGAUCAGGAUGGUUCUGCGGUGGGCCGGAGUACAUGGAGAUCAAUUGCAGGAGGAGGAUGUCUCACUUGCCUUUCUAGAGGAGUUCUUUGAGUCUGUAUGUGAUGAUGCAAGUGUGAUUCCUGCACUGAAAGAUCAACUCCCAGAGUUAGAGAAUAUUGUGAAGAAACACUCCGACUACGCCAGAUCCUCACUAAAAAAGCACAAAGUCCUGCUGCGGCAGUUCAGCAUGGGGGACGAGAAGCUACAGAAACGCGUGCCCAUAAAAAGUCAUGAUGAGAUCCUGUUCAAAGUGCACUGCAGCGACCACACCUACACCACCAUCCGUGUCCCCGUGGCCGCCUCAGUCAGGGAGGUCGUCAGCGCUGUGGCCGACAAGCUGGGGUCAGCGGAGGACCUCCUCCUGGUCAACCUCAGUUCGGCCGGAGAUAAAGUGGUGCUGAAGCCCAAUGAUAUUUCAGUCUUCUCCACACUCAGCAUCAACGGCCGUCUGUUUGUCUGCCCCAGGGAUCAACUCGACUCAUUGACUCCCCUGCCAGAGCAGGAAGGGCCCACCGCCGGCUCCAUGGCCAGCUUUGAGUUGAUGAGCUCUAAAGACCUGGCCUAUCAGAUGACUGUUUAUGACUGGGAGCUCUUCCACUGUGUCCAUGAGCAUGAGCUGAUCUACCACACGUUUGGGAGGCAGAACUUCCAGAAGACCACAGCCAACAUGGACCUGUUUCUCAGGAGGUUCAACGAGAUCCAGCUCUGGGUGAUCACAGAGAUCUGUCUGUGUGCUCAGCUCAGCAAGCGUGUUCAGCUGGUCAAGAAGUUCAUUAAGAUUGCUGCCCACUGUAAGGAGUAUAAGAACCUGAACUCCUUCUUUGCUAUCAUCAUGGGCAUGAGCAAUCCAGCCGUAAGCAGACUGAGUCAGACCUGGGAGAAACUACCAAGCAAAUUCAGGAAGUUUUACAGUGAAUUUGAAAGCUUAAUGGACCCGUCCAGGAACCAUCGGGUGUACCGGCUCACUGUGGCCAAGCUUGACCCGCCCAUCAUUCCCUUCAUGCCGCUGCUGAUCAAAGACAUGACUUUCACUCAUGAUGGCAACAAGACGUUUACUGACAGUUUGGUGAAUUUUGAGAAGAUGAGGAUGAUUGCAAAUACUGUGAGAAUAGUGCGAUACUGCAGAAGUCUGCCAUUCAGUGCAGAGCCAUCUCAGACCAGUAAGAAUCAUCCGGAUGUGCGGAGCUAUGUGCGCCAGCUGGCUGUGAUUGACAACCAGAGAACCCUGUCUCAGCUCUCCCAAAGACUGGAGCCUCGCAGAACCUGAAGCCUCCCCUGGAUACUGGACAAACAAAUAUGCUGCUGCUCUACUGCCAAAAAUAAGCUUGCUUUAACGUACAUGUUAUACCAAUAUAAACACAUGGAACUCCUCAUUAUUAUACAUUAAGUAUAGUCAAGUAUCUUUUAGAUACAACCAGCUUUGACCUAUAACUUCAACUGUAUUCCAAAUGUCAGUAUCAUUUAUUUUUGUUUUGUUUGUUAUAUUGUUCUAAUUUUUGUAAAUAAUAGGCAACUGUCACUGUCAUUUCACCUGAAUUAUUUUCAGAUCAGUGUCAUUCACAAAGGUCUGUUUGAUACUUUGAAGUCACCUGCCUAUUGACAAAGACAAAAUCUAUAAACCAAUUAUCUUUUGGAACCACCAUUUGAUUGUUGGAGAGUAAUCUAUGGAAUAAUGUAAACCAUAUAACGUUUCCAUAUGAAAACUUUGUUAUUCAUCUCUGACCGCCUAAAUUCCAAAUCCUGAUAUUUACUUGUGGUUUUGUAUGUUUUUUUGUAAAUCAGAUUAUAUUUAUACAUAUUUUAGUUUCUGGAUUUUAUUAUACAUGUUGUACUUUGUAUUCAUAUAUUUAUUUUGACCUCAGCAUGCAAAGACCUGGGCUGGAUAUAUGUGAACACAUUCCUCUUUGAAAAUAUGUGAUUUUUACUAUGUUUAUUCUGUAAUAUUAAAAACAGAU